GUGAUGCUGUGAGUACGUACUAGGCUACGGGAGAGACGUCAUGUAUUGUCCUUAAUCACUCCUUCUAUGGGUGACGUGUUUCUCGGGUACGUCAUGUGAAUUUUUGUGCUCCGUGGAAUAGCAGAGGAGACUAGGUAAUACCGGAGCGGAGAGAAUGGUCCAAGGUAUCCUGCGUCCUGUUCUUUGAUUGCUCGUUUCUUCCUUUAUUAGAAUGCUACUGGAUUUUCAUUUGUGGAUUAAUAAAAUGGCUUGACAAAAGUUGUACUUAGAAGAAGAAAAAAAAGUUCCUGCACACCUCAACACAAUGAGCACUGAUCAAACGCUGCUGGAAGACCAGCAAACUAGUGCAGGAGGAGGCCCAGUCGUUUCUGAUGAUGGAGCCACAGAGAACGCCACAUAUUCGCUGGUAUCAGAUGUAAAUAAAAACAAGGUUGAUGGAGAAAAGAGGGGGAUAUUGAUAAGUGGAGAAGGAAUGACUCGAGGUGUAGACGACCAGGAUAGCCUUAAUAACAACGAAAACUGCAAUCUCAUGUGUGGCCAGCUCAGUUGCAAGGCGGGCUGUGGGGACCAUGAUCGCACAGUGGGGGAAAGUCUAGCCGAGGCUGCCCUCUCAAGCAGAGAGAUAGCCAUCGCUAAAGAAAAACGGCUUAGCAGCAGGCGGAGUAACCGAAAUAAAAAGAACUGUAAUGAAAAAGCAAGCGGAUUUUCCUCAGCUGGUGAUGUGGUAGUUUCACCAGAAAGCAAAUCCACAGACUGUGCUCACGAGCUGAGUACACCUGAGGUUAAUGCUAUCCAUGAACAGAGGAACCAAAGGCAGCUGCUGCGAGAGUAUCUGUUCUCCGUUAUUCGAGAAGAAUUUGAGAAGACAGAGGAUGUCAGGAUGCUUCCCACAUGUCUUCAUCAGAUUGCAGAAACCUAUUUUCAGGAAGAGGACUAUGAGAAAGCAAUGCAGUUCAUUCAGCUUGAACGAAUAUAUCAUGAGCAAUUACUUGCAAAUUUAUCUGCUAUUCAAGAGCAAUGGGAAACCAAAUGGAAGGCUACUGGAUCCAGCCCUUUGCCAUCUCCUCAAAUCUCAGAAAAAGGUCUUAGCAGCAAAGAACUGGAAAAACUUUCCAGCUUGUGUGGAUCUCAUCAAAACCCGAAAAUAUCCAAGCAAAAGUUAUCUGCUUCUGAAAAGUCUCUGAAAAUUCAAAGUCUUUCUCUGUUAGUGGGAUCAGAUGGAAUUCCUGAUGUAGGUGAACCUACUGACGUUCAAGACAGAGAAAGGCGAGUUGGCAGCAGACCAAGGAAAGACCGGAAACCUGGUGGGGCAGAGAUGACAGAAAACUUACCUCCCAAUUUAACAGAAGCUGAUACUCUUGUUCAAGCAGCUGAGCCUGGGCAUAGCCACUCAGAGGAACUGCAGCUGCACAGCUCCGGAGCAGCAUUACAGUCUCACACCCAGUCCACAGGGGCAGAAGGCAGGGCUAAUCCUGACAGCUUUUCUUCUGGGGAUGCUGGAAAGCAUAACAAUCUCCUGCAACCAGAAGCAACUUCACUCUGCCACAAUGUGCCAGGAAUAGCAACGUUCUCCAAGGAUUUCAAAGAGGUGCCCCCAGGGACACCAAUGGUGGAUAAACUGAUUCCAGCAAGUACAGGUCACUCAGGUUCAUGUCCAGUAGCCCCUGAUAAUGCAUCGGAUUCAAAAUUGUCGUUGGACAGUAGCCGAAGUCCCAUCCAGACUGCCCAGGUAGCACAAACAGCAGCAGAGAACUGCAAGGGCAUAGGUGAGAGAGAACUAGCAAGUGCUACCUCCAUUAAGGCAGAGGCACCGAAGGAGGAAGCAUUUGGGGCUCUUCAGGACACCGCUCCACAAAAAUGCUUACAGGAUGCAGAGAGAGCGGCACAAAGACAAGCAACAGUUGAAUUUUUAGCCAGUCUUCUUAACGGGAGUUUGAAAGACAGUGAGGAAUUGCUGACACACCUGGAUUUCCAAGAAGAGACUCUUUCCGAGGAAGAAAUGUCACCAAGCCCAGGGGACUCAUGUUUGGGGGAUAAUCUAAUUUCAUUGGAUGAACUUGCAAAGCGGAUAGAGAUUGAGGAGAUAAACCCAGCAGCUGGGUUGGUUUCUAUUUUGAAAAAACGUGAUGGAAAUGAAGGAGAUAAGUUUGCUCAGAAACCGACAAAGAGGAAAGUGAGGUUCCAAGAAAUGGACGAUGCACUAGACCAGGAAGAAAUCGGGGGUGGUUCAUGCAUCUUGCUAGUGGCACUGUGCAUAGUGACCGUAUUCCUUAGCAUUGGUGGGACUGCAGUAUAUUGCACAUUUGGUGAUGUGGAUUCUUCUGUAUGCAAAGAUUUUACAGAAAAUAUGGACUUCUACUAUACUCAACUACUGCAAGGAAUAGAGGAACUGAAACAUUGUUGUCUACACACUUGGAUGUAGUAGCAGCUUUUGGUCUCAUUUCAUAGGUUAAAAGUUAACCUAAACUCUCUAAGAGAAGAAACAAUGUAAAAAAAAGUUAUUUUAAAUAGCUAUUCUGUAGACUGCAAAAAAAAAAUUAUGUGUAAUUUAAAAAAUAAAGAAAAUCAAGAACUGCGCAGUAACACCUGCAUCCACUCAUCUGGCCACUGAAAAAAGCUAUAUCUAUUGCUUUUACAACUUGAGGCAUUCAGCAUUUAUGCAAUAAGUUUGUAUAAUAGAGACUUUUCUCCUUUUUUUUUUUAAAUAACACCUCGCUCCCAAUGUCGCUGGUUCUUUUAUGAAAUGUAACAAUUUAUUGUGUUGUCAUUUUUUGUUUUGUUUUGGACAUUUCAGGCAACUACUGAGACAGUACUGUCAAUUCUGUAACGCAAAAAAAAAUAUACUGUCCAUAUGGUUGACAGGCAAUUAAAGAUGUGUGUGUUUUAUCUGUAAUGUAUAUUUGUAGAGGUUUGCAAAAAAAAAAUUUAAUUUUUUUUUUAUUCACAAAAAAUCUAUAAUAAUGCUAUAAUGUAUUUUCAUGAAUAAGUCUGACUUUUUUUUGUUUGUUUUUUUUUAGCAAUUAUUUCUGGUGCAUCUAUGAUGUAAUCAGUUAAAAAAAAAAAAAAAAAAAAGUCUGCAAAAAUAACAGUGAUUUAGUUAUUUUAAAGGGACAUACAACUAGGGAUGCACCGAAAUUUCGUCCGCAGAAAGUUUCGGCCGAAAACUUUUUUUUUGUUAUUUCGGUUUUUUUGCCUUUUUAUUUUCGGUCAAAUUAUUGUGUAGCAUAUUUUAAAUUUGAUGCCAGCCUAGAGCUGCUGUUUGAGUUCAUUACUUGACUUACUGUUUUGCAUAUAAUAAUAGUUUUCUAGGACUAUACUUUAUUUUGAUAAUUGGUAACAAAACAAAAACAGUUAAAUCUGAUUCUGUUACACAGAACUAAAUAAAGAAUAAUACUAGCGAUGCACCAAAAUUUGGGCCGUCGAAAAUGUGCAAUUCCAAUUUCGGCCCAAAGAGGACCAAAAUGGCUAAAAAUGUACAGCCCUCCCCUGUUCUAUUGAGUUACAUGUUUAUCCUUAGCGUAAGGUGAGCAGCACAGCACUGGCAUGGUACACAGAGUGCACACAUAAGUACCAUUACAUGAUGAUAUUUGAAACCAGCAGAGAAGGAAACCAAAGUUCUGAAUAGUGAAUACAGUAAUCAAAGGAGAAUAAGUAGCAUGUUUAUAGACACUUGAUAUUAUCAGACACAGCCCUAAGCACACACAGUGAAUAUCUUUAAGCCUUAUAUACAGUGCUCAUACAUCAGCCUCUUGUGUGUAGACAUUCUAUUUGCCUGAGGCAAAUAUGCGUGCACACUUUAUAUGCAUAAGCCCCAAGCUCGCACAUAGUUGGUACAAAUUAGCACCCACAGUGUAUACAAAAAAGCACAGUAACUUUCUAUAACCACCUUGCACAUAAGGUUGUAGCUAAGUCCGGUGGUCCUGGUGAUAGGGGACAGGCAGACUCCAUUUGGGGCUCCGGACAUAUAUUCUGAUGGAUCAGUGUGAGAACUGAACCAGGAACUAGGCGGAGAUACAAUGAGAGACGAUCAGGUGCAGCCACGCUCAUUGCACGGUUAACUACACCCAAAAACAAAACACAUGUCCACCUCGUAUUGUUGUCUGGCUAUAACCACGCUCUCCCUAAUAGAGCUCCAGUUUCACUGCAGAUCACUCCCUACAGAACAAGUGACCAUGUCCAUUUGUUGGAGCUUUCCCGCCUACAAGCUCUCUCAGCUACACACACACACUGUAGUUAAAAAAGAAAAAAAACUAUUUUGUUUCGGUUUUCGGCCAGGGGCAUCCUUAAUUUUCGGUAUCGGUUUCGGUCCAGAAUUUUCAUUUCGGUGCAUCCCUACAUACUACCCAAAUGUUUUCUUUCAUGAUUUAGAUAGAGAAUAAAAUUUUAAACAACUUUCUAAUUUACUUCUAUUAUCUAAUUUUGUUUCAUUCUCUUGGUAUCAUUUGUUGAAGGAGCAGCAAUGCACUAAUGGUUUCUAACUGAACACAAGGGUGAGCCAAUCACAAUCAAUAUAUAUUUAUGCAGCCACCAAUCAACAGCUAGAGCAUAGGUUCUCUGCUGCUUCUGAGCUUGCCUAGAUAAACCUUUCAACAAAGGAUAACAAGAGUAGUAAGCAAAUUAAAUGAUAGAAGUAAAUUGGAAAGUUGUUUAAAAUUGUAUUCUCUAUUUGAAUCAUGAAAGAUUUUUGGGGGGUUUCAUGUCCCUUUUAAGGGAUCUGUUUUAUUAACAGAUAUAGUUUGUGCAAAGUGUUAUUUUCCCGGAAAAAAUAAAAGAUAAUUAUUACUGUAAAUUUACUUGAUAAACCUGUCUCUAAACCUGCGUGACUUUUCUGUCAUUGGGGAUAUAACAACUUUCUGUACUUAACUGUACUGGCUGGUUCAGUACAUAUACUUUUUGUUUUUAACAUAUUUAUUUCUGUUUGAUCAUUAUAAAGGGAAUUUGCAUAAUGUUUGUGGUGUGCUAACAAGUGAGUUGAGAUCAGUUUUCUUUUUUUAAGUAGAUAUUUAUAUUUGCAGUGUCUUGUACUUUGUUUUAUGCCUGUUCUCGUAUCCACAUUAAGUUGUUUGUAGUAUUUUGUUUUUUAUUUAAAAGAAAAUCAUUAAACAUGCACCAAAAAGUCCCUAUAUAUGUAAUCUUUAAGAAAAGUUUUAACUAAAAAAUAUUUAUUGAAAUUGUGGUAUAGCAUAUGAAACCGAAUUAUGCUAUAAAAUGAAGAAAUAAAUAUAUACAUUUAAUGUUAUUCUGUACAGCUAAAGAGCUAUAAAUGUGAUUUUUAACAAAACUGUUUUAUUCACAACAUGAUUGCAGGUAAACAUCACAUAAUUCUACAUAUAAUGAAUGUUUUUUGUUUUUUUUUCCUUGAACGUUAAUUGUUCCACCUAAUAUUCUGCAAUUCAUGUUUUAAGUAUAGAUGCAUUUACAAUUUCUGUAUUAAAUUAAAACUAAAAUGGAGAUUUA